AUGAUCCCGCAGGGUCAGAGCAGCUCGCUGGAGCGCCUCCACAACGUUGAGCAGGUGGCCCACAUCCAGCUCACCUCUUUCGGCCCUCUGCGGAUAGUGCGGGUGGUGGAGCUGUCGGGCGCGGUCAUGGAGGAGCUCGGAAACUCGCAGGGUCCCCGCGCCGAAGCCGUAGCCGCCCACUGCCGCGAGUUCAUGCUCUACAUGAAGGAAAUACAAACAACUUUGCGCGAGGAAAUAAAAAGUGCUUGUGAAUAUCGUCCAUUUGAGAAGUGCGACUAUAGUGCAAGAAUCGCUAAUGAGAUUUGUUGCAAAAAGCUGGAGUAUGUAAUUGAGAAGAUGGAUGCUAUGCAACUAAACAUGGAGCAAAGUUCUAAUGGAGUUUAG